CAGGUUCCCGAGGGUGGGCAGUGACGAGGGCACGGCCCACACCCCGCACCCCUGCUCUGUGGCCACGCACAGGACCGAGGACCACACACCCGCUGUCUGCCAUGGACACCCUGGGCGCCCUCCUCCCGUUGGUACUUCUCCUCUCCACUGCUGAGGCCCAGCAGGCUGCCGAGUACCGCCUGCAGCCAUGGCUCGUGGGCCUGACCGCUGUCGUGGUCUUCCUGUUCAUCGUCUUCGUCCUCAUGAUUGCCAACCGCCUCUGGUGCUCCAAACCCAGAGACGAGGAAGAGGCCAUGUUCCGGAUGGAGACCACCUCGAACGAUUACCAGGACUUGGACAUGAGCCAAAAAAAGAGUGAGAAGCAGAGAAAGAAGGACAGCGAGGAGAAAAAGGCCGAGAAGGAUGGAGAGACCAACCUGGGGCUGGAGCUGGAGGAGAACGGGGAGCCCUCAAACCAGGAGAGGGCCAAGAACACAGCUAUGUGAGGACUUCCAGCGCCUCCAUCAGGCCGCUGCCCGGGGAUGUCCCCGUGUCCCUGCCAAGGACAUGGCUGGACCUGGGGUUCAGAGUUGUGGCCCUGAAUGAAGUGGGCUAGUGUCUCCCACAACUAUUACAUCGUCUCCCCCACCCCCCACUCCCAGGAGCAGUCCCAAGGUCCCCACAAUCUCAUGGCUGCAUACCUCUGACUCACUGCCUGAUUUCUGUCUCGCUGCUUGGUGACUAUUGGCCGGGCCCCCCACCCGCACCCCCACCCAUGAAGCUUGAGGACCCACCUCGGCCAAGUGGCGCCCCUAGGUGCUACCAGUAAAGAAAUGACCUCAGCUCUUCA